AUGGUGGGGAGACAAUCGAGACCAGGGGCGGGAAGCCCGCUUGGUCGCCUCCCGGUUGAAGAGCGUGACGAAACGAUUCGAGUAAAGGAGAAUGGAGUUGAGAUAGGCAGGGAAUAUUUUCCACGAGGAUACGAUGCAUCUCAUCCCAGGCCUGCUUACUGGCGGAAUAAUUUGACCGCUUUAUCACAGCACCGCAACCUUUAUUUUGUAGCUUUUGAACAUCAGAUCUACGUAUACCAACCUUCUGGUCGCGGACGGGCGCUUGCACCGAAUCCAGCAAUGAUAAUAACCCCAGUUCCAAAAAAUCCUCGUGCGCCCGGUUACAUCACACGGCAUAAGCCACAUGUUAUAAACGCAAUUCGUGUCGAGGAUCUCGGCCAUGAAGAGAUAUUACUUCUUGCUACUGAUUCCGGUAAUGUUGCAGCCUAUCGGACUGAGCGUAUAUUUGCGGUCAUCGAGGAAGCUAAGGUGACUGGGAAUGGCAAGCCGACCGAACUUGGGGAACUUGUCGACUGCUUUUUUAGUGACUGGGUAGGCCAAAGUGCCUGGGGCCUUGCGGUCCACAAGACUGCCAGAAUGAUUGCAGUAAGCUCCAACUCGUGGUGUAUUACUGUUUUCGCCUUUGCCUUGGUGGAUCAUGCAUCCGUUGCGGGCGACGCUACAAAGAGUUCGAAGCCUACCCAUUCAUCUGAUACAGCUAGCCGGGCUUUAGAGUGGACGAAUGUGAGCUCUGAGUCACAGUAUCGCGUACUCCGGCGGAUAAGUCCAGACAAACGUCGAGUCUGCAACAUUCGGUUCACUUUAGUUGGCCACAAAAAGAAUAUUCCAAACAUUGCCUUCCUGAACUGCUAUCUGGAUCCCGAAGGCGAUUGGUUGAUUAGCACUGAUAUCGGUAACAAGCUUAUGAUGUUCAAUAUCUGGGAAUAUCCGACUCCGGUGAAAAUCAUCGAUGUUCAGCAGGACCCACCCAAUCAUCCGGGUCGGGCGCAAGACAACCACCAAUUGGGCUGGAACGUUUUAGCUCUCGAUCCAGGAAGUUUUAGACCCAAAGCGACCCUGAACGACGCCUGUGGUGGCACUCCACGCAGACAUCCCCAUAAUGAAGACGUUUACGACUUGAGUGCCCUUGCUCAAUACACGCGAUCUAAGUAUACCCGAGAGGACUCACCACAUUUGGAUGCCGUUGCUCAUGAGUCAGAUGAUACAUCAGACGAGACAUUUUCACUGGGAUCUGAUAUCCCCUCUCCACCAGACUCACCCAUGGGCACCGGGGAGUCGAGGUUUGAUCGUUCCUCACCGCCCUGUCCGGUAUUUAAGGAAGAAGGGAGUGAAAAUGAGAGUGACCAGAAGGAGUUCGGAAAUCUUGAGAGAGAGGAAAAUAUGGAUUUAGAUGGAAGCACCGAGCAUAUUCCUUCAAAUAGUGACCCUAAUCCCCUCCUAGUUACAUGGCCUUCGCUUCAGGGUGAUCCACCAGGUCUAACAGCCGACACUGAGCUCGUUGACGAUCUCCUUCUUUCUGCAAUUGACACCGCACAAGAUAUGCCUAGCAAUGACGAUGAUCAUGACGCCCAAGAGGGUGACGCCGACGAUGAUUAUGAACUUAUGGAUGGUCACUGGGAUGUAGGAGAAGAGGAAGAAGUAGGAGAAGAAGAGGAAGAGGACGGUGAGGAUGACAAUCAAGCCGGCGAAGCAGAGAAUAACUACGAAUACGCCGCCUUCCAAUACGGCGGAAGCAAUGGCGACAAUUCUCUCCUAGAAAGCCUUCAGCAACAUAGCCAAGGUUGCAACUCUUUCGAUGAAAUCUUCCCCGAUAUUUCAAGUUGGCUUUCCAGUGCCGAAGAUCCAGAAAGCACAAAACCCCCAUUUGCAGACUUCCCCAUUCUCCACUUCACUCAAAACUCUAUCCGCAUGUUCCCCCAUCCAUUUGUCAAAAAGUCUUCCAUUAUCCUCCGUGACGCUCUGGUCCAAGAUCUGCAUGAUGUUCCUCCAAAUCUCGAAAUGGUCGAGCGGUUCAACAUAGUAAACCAGAUCCCAGAGCUUGGCAUCGUCCUGGCAGCUUCACAAAAGGGGCGUGUCGGAAUAUUCUCCCUGACCGAACAUCCUGAUGGCAUGGCGUUUAGGCUGGACCAUAUCAUUCCAUCCGAAAAUCAGGAACGACUGGGUGACCGACCGUUAGUUCAAAUUGCGGGAAUGGCAGUCGGUCCAGUGGAAAACCACCUCAUCCCGCUCGACGAAAUCAACUCCUCCUCUGCGUCUUCCCAAAUAGCAGAAGGCAACCAUGCCACUGCUACUGCACCUACAUACUCUCAUCGUCCACACCACAGCCAUAGUACGAGAAGACCUACGGGGAAAACUCGAUCAGGAGCGGAGGUGGAAAUUAGCCCUGCAACCCCUGACCACCACGAGCUAUCCGAGGACCCCUCACCAGCCCGCCAAGAGCAAUGGCACGGCAUCGACUUCUCACGUCGCUACCGCCUCCUAAUAAUGUACGCAAAUUUAACCAUAAUGCACUAUGAGCUCUUCUAUGACUGGCCUAUAGACAUGAUGGGGCCUCACGGCCGGCUCCUGCGUGAGGUUAGUAAGGGGUCGCUGCUGAGGCCGUGA